AUGAAGCAUCCCAAGGCGCUCACUGACUCGCCUCAGCAGCACCAGCAGCCCCCCACGCACCACCACUUCUCUCUGACUUCCAAACCCCUGCUCGACUCCUCCCCCACCGUCGAUUCCAACAACGUCUCCGUCGCCGCCCUCGACGACGAGCCCACCUCCGUCCUCGACCACCACCUCACCUCCAGCCCCGCCACCGCUCCCACGGCCGCCCCCACCGCCGCUGCCUCCGCCGCCGCCGCCGACCUCCCUUUCCUCUCCUGGGCCGGCGGAGGCGACGCUCACCACCAUCACCCCCUCCUCUCCUCUGACGACUGGGAUACCGCCUCCUUGCUCUUCGCCGAAAGGUGCGAUCUUCCCCCCUUCACCGAUGACUCCGAUCCCCAGUUCCUCGACGCGCCCUUCGACCUCCCCUUCGACCCCUUCGCUGCGGCCGCCGACCACGCCAUCCCCUCGCCGGCCUCCAGCUUCGACCGCGCCCAGCUCGACUUGCUCAUCAGCGCCGCCCGUUGCCUGGAGGCCAACGACUUCGCCACGGCGCACGUGAUAUUGUCGCGGCUCAAUCACCAUCUUCCCUCCGCCGGUGCGUCCCCUCUCCUACGUGCCGUCUUUCUCUUCAAGGAGGCUCUUUUAGCGCUGCUUCGCCCGUCCACCGCUGAACCCCUGCUCUCCGCUGCCGAGCUCGUCCGCCACAUCGCCGCCCACAAGGCCUUCGCCGACCUCUCCCCCGUCCCCCACUUCGCCACCUUCACCGCCACCCAGACCGUGAUCGAGGCGCUCGAUUGCGGCGCCCGGUCCAUCCACCUCAUCGAUUUCGACCUCGGCCUCGGCGGCCAGUGGUCGUCCUUCGCGCAGGAGCUCGCCGGGCGAAGCCGCGUGUCGCGCUCCUCGCCGCCGGCCGUGCGUAUCACCGCCGUGGUCGCGGAGGAGUCUGGAGAGACGGUCCUGGCGGCGGACAACCUCCGCGACUUUGCCCGCGGCCUCAACAUCAGCCUCGCCGUCAACUUCGUCCGCGUCGGAGGACUCGGAACGCUCGCCCUCAGCGGGUUCCGCCUCGCCGGCUCCGGAGAGCCCACGGCCGUCGUCCUGACACCCGCCAUCUUCCGCCUCCUCGGCUGCGGCGCCGCCUCUCCGGAUACCGCCGCCGCUCUGCUCCGGUUCGUCCGCCGCGUGUGUCCGCGGGUGGUGGUGUUCGUCGACACGGAGGGGGGAUCGGGCGGCCAUCCCCCGCCGUCGCUGCGGCGGACGGUGGCUGCAGGGGUGGAGCACUACGCGACCGUGCUGGAGUCGGUCGACGCGGCAGCGGCGGAGACGGGGGCGAGGGAGGAUACGGUGCGGUGGGUGGAGCGGGCGGUGAUGCGGCCGCGCGUGGCGGCCGCGGUGGGUGAGUGGGCGGCUGGGCUGGGCCCGUGGCGGGAGCUAUUCGCGGCCGCCGGUUGGUCGCCCCUCCCCUUCAGCGAGUUCGCGGAGUCGCAGGCCGAGUGGCUCGUCCGGCGCACUCCCGUGGGCGGCUACCACGUGGCGAGGCGGGAAGGCGGCGCCCUCGUGCUAAGCUGGAGGGGGAGGGAGAUGGCGUCGACGUCUGCGUGGCGGUGCUGA